AUGGACCCAAAGAGUGACGACACUGAGUACCUGAUGGAGCUAUUAUCAUCACCAUCUUCAAGCAUAACUGAACAAGUGAACGAAAUGCAAAAAAGUCGAAGUAAAGCCAGACUCAAUCCACUUUCAUCCUCACCCACGCCGAGUAGAACUAGAACCUCGGAGUUUCAUCACGUAACCAACCAAGAGCAAGCUCGGAGAUUCUCUACAACAAAUCCUAGAAAUAAACACAACCGAAUUCGCCAAGUCAGAAACCAACAUCGGUAUGAAAAGCUACUGUUGCAGCGAGAAGGUAUCUCUGACAAACAAUAUAAACAGGACGUUGAAAGAGAAUAUGCGGAGCAAGUACGUGAAUAUGUAGAAAGUGAACAUAUUGAUCGACUAGUUGAAGACGAGCGUGAGUUACUAAGUGAAAACGAGAGAAGCGGGUUUGAUAUGCAGGAAGCAGAAGAGAGAGCGUGGGAAGAGGAGAUGGAGUUGAUGGAAUUGAUUGGCUCCUUGAAUUUGGGAAGUGGAUGA